AUGAGCACUCCCUGUUCGACGGCCAGCGCGUCUUCUUCGUCUUCUACACCGACGUCACCAUCUCCCACGACGUCUUCUACGAAUUCUACGAAAUUCACGACACCUUUGAAUUCUGAGAAACCACUAAAACUGUGUGUCAACGAAGUUCCAUGGAAAAUGGUGCCCCAGACGUGCGAGGAGUAUGAAGAAUACGAGUUUUUAGAUGACACGAAUGGCCGUCUCUCGGACGCCGAAUCGUUCGUAUGGAAGUGGUCGCCGUGUGGAAGAUAUGGAGUCGAUAUGCCUGGCGGUCGAGAAAACAUCAAUCAGGAACUGAAAGAUCGAUUGGCAAUGUUCGACCUUCAUAACAACUUUUGGACACUUUACACAAUUGAAGAUGGCGGCAUUUUCAAAAUUCCGAGAGUUUGUUUUCUCUAUUGGGUGACGGACGAUAUCAUUGGAACCGUGUCUCUUGUGAAAGGCUACGAACCAGGACCAGACGACGAGAUUCGAAUGAAAUUCAAGCAGGCAUUCUACGUGGUUUGUCACUCGACCCAGAAGCUAUUCUACGCUGGUUCCUGCCUCUAUCGAACUGAAAAAACAAUCGUCGCUUCGUAUUGGUAUCAUAUUUUCGAAAAUCGACACGGUGAACCAUUCGUUGAUCACAAUGGAAACAUUUGGUUGGUAUUCUCAAAUGGAUCCGAUACGCUGAUUCUUCUGCCAUUCGUACCGUCGCCAAAAAUUAGGGAUGCGAAAUUUGUGACAUUUGAUAUGAAUCAAAUUGUCAGUCAGAUUAUUGGCACUCGAGUGUUUCUGGACCCAUUCAUGUGCGCCCAUUACGUUCCGUACGUCUUCCAAAACGAGAUCAACUUCUUCAUUCGAAUCGAUAAUUUCUCAUUUAUCGAGGAUCACGAACGGGAUUAUAGUGCUCCAACUACCACUCAUGGAGCCAGAGAAUCAGCAUCCCGGGGUGUCUAUCAGCUUCGGAUCAAUUUGAGAAAUGUGAUUGAACGAGGAGAGAAGCUCGGCCCAGUAGAAACAAGUUUCACUCGGCAGGAUGUCAAUUUAUCGAUUAAACUAUUCGAAGACUUUCAAAAUGGACACAUGUGCAUUGCUCAGCAUCGGAAAGACGUUGUGAUUCAUGUUUGGCAGAAUAAUACUGUAGAUAUGGUGCUAACGAAGAAGAUAAACGCGAGAACCUGCAAACUAGAAUCCCGACUCAAAUGCUGCAGCCAGAAUCCACGGGACGCCUCAUUCUGCACGAUAGACCUAAAAACUGGCUCGGUUCGAAAAUUCGAUGCCUUCAUUUUAGGAACCGACGUUAUUCAAAUCCAUCCGACCGGAUCGCUUUUCAUGUUCCGAUACAAGGAGAUUUAUGCAAUGACAUUCUGCGAACUUCCAUACUUUCCACCGAUCUCUCUCGUUCUAAAAUGCAAACAAGUGCUCAAUAAAUGUGUCAUCGUGGAUCCAGAAUGCGAAUUCAAACAGUGCUGCCUGAAAAGUCAAGAAGAAGAAGUAUACUAA